AUGAGUCUCCGUUACUUGCGACUGGGCGUGUUCGAAAAGAGGGCUCAUUCCACCAUAGCCUGCCUGCAAGCUGGUUGGUCCGCACCAGGCCAACUUUCUCGCUGUUUCGAUGAGGAUGAUGUUGGUGAUGAUGACGACAAUGGCAACGCGAGUGAAUAUACCGUUGCAGUUAUUCAUCCGAGAUUCAAACGUAAUCGGUCGGAUGCACCUGGGAGAAGCCACACCGGGGCAGGCGACCCGAGCAGGCGGAUCGCAGUAGCACGGGGCAAAACUCGGUCACGGACGCAGGAAGAGAUGAUCCGAGCUCAGAAUAAAAUUUUCUCCUUAAUUGUGAAUCGUUACGGCCCUUCUCUGAUCAAACUGGAGUUCAUGGCGUAUGGUCUUGAUGCUCGCGGAGCGAAGACUCUAGGGGGCAAGUGCCGACACUCGCUACGGCAUCUGGCACUACGCUUCGAGCAUCGGCAUAUUCGAGACGGGGAAAUGAACCCCAGGCUUUGGCUGCAACCGGCGCCCUCCAGCAAUGUUUGGAAUCUACUCAUUGGGGGAGGGCGCUACAAAGAUUUCGGGAUCUCUAGCCUAGAGAGCCUGACUCUGGAGAGGACCGGUAUCAACCCGUCUCAAUUGACCAUGCUUGUGAAGAACAAUCCUCGGUUGAGGGUCUUGAAGCUGAAAACCUGUCGUGGUGCGCAUCCCGAAUUCUUGAAUUGGCUGGGAGGUGUCCACAAAGACUCCGUUGAGACUGAAUCAGGGUCGCAGGAGGAUCUGGCUCCUGGAAGGAAGUUGUCUGUUCUUUGGCUGGAAAACUGCCAUGAGCUUCUCACGCAGCCCAUAGACGAGACAGUCGAAUUGCCCGAUGAGACCUGCGAUCUUGGACUUGAAUGGGCCAGGGGUUUGACGAGUCUGAAGUCUUUGUCUCUAAAAGAAUGUAUAACAAUACCCCCAAAGUAUGCUGAAAGAGCAAACCAGGCCAUUUGGAAGAUUUCUGAGCUCAUCCUACCGUUUUCCACCCCCUCAGAGGAUCCUCACGAUGAGGCAGACUUUAAGUUAAGAUGAGGCCAAAAGUUGCUUUUGUUUUCUGUCUUUCUUUUGAUUGUUUCUUUG